CCCGUUUUACCUGUUCCGCCAAGGCGACCGUUAAAUCAGCAUUAAAUACCAAAUGACGGGAUGAUAUAAUUAUUCCCUAAGUGUAUGCCAACGCAGUCCUUUGCAAACUGCAGCGCAGAGCAAACGUCAUUUUUAGCCAUUACUAAACUAAAUACGGAGUGGAAAAAGAGUGAACAGGUACUUUCGGUAAAGAAAUGUAACAAAUCGGUUCAUUACACCAAUCACAUCUGAAGUUUGGGAAGUGAAGCUGAAGCGCAAUGGAAUCAUUCGAGGAUUGCCGAUUGCGUAACACAUGGAUUUAUUAUUUUAAAAAAGUACAGUCACGUGUUCUAUUGAAGCUGAGUUACGUCACUUAAUUGUAGUGUUACGUAUCUACUGGGGAAUUUGAAAAUUGACGUUGGCAACGUAGAAUGGAAACAAUAAGGCGGAUUUUACUUUACUUGCUCUUAAUUGUAAUGUUUUCUGCCAGAAUGUGUGUUUGUGAAACUAGUGAGAAUUUAUACCAUCAUCUAUUACGUUCCUCUGGAUACAAUCCCAACAUCAUGCCGAUAUGCGAAACCAAUAAAAGAUUACGUGUUGAAAUUGGACUCGCAUUGAGAGACAUUGUGGAAAUGAUAGAAAAACAACAAUUAAUGCGCCUGGAAGUAUGGGUCCGUCUAAAAUGGACAGACUGUUUAUUGAAGUGGGAUCCCUCACAGUUUCAUAACCAGACUGAAUUGAUAGUACCUUAUUCUAAAAUCUGGAUUCCAGAUAUUACCCUAUUCGAAGGAACCAGCGCAGAAGGGGACCUACCCAAUAUGGAAGAUUUCAGAGCCGACAUUCAUUAUACAGGCACUGUGAUGUAUCUUUUUCCGUCUGUCGUGACAGUCAACUGCAAAAUAAACGUAGCGUAUUUUCCUUUUGACCAUCAAGUGUGCAGUUUGACAUUCGGUUCCUGGAUUUACUCGUCAAAGUAUAUUGAAGUCGAAAAGCAAAAAGAUGAGAUAGAUGUUUCUCAUUUUCUCACUCAUAAUGAAUGGAUUGUAGUAAAAACUGCAACAGUGAAACACAAUCUAUACUACGAUUGUUGCGCCGAUACGUUUCAAGAUGUAACCUUUCAUAUUCAUAUUACCAGAAAACCUGUAUUUUAUGUGGUAACCAUUAUAUUCCCCUGCUUAUUGAUCAAUAUGCUAACUGCCGCGGGUUUCGUACUGCCACCAUUUUCAGGAGAAAAGAUUUCAUUACAGGUUACUGUUUUUCUCUCUCUAACCGUAUAUCUUUUGCUUGUGCAAGACAUAUUGCCGUCUUCGUCUGAAAACUUUCCCCGCAUUGCGACGUAUUUUGCAUUAUCCAUGGCACUUAUCUGCAUUGCGUGUGCUUUCUCCACUGUUGUAUUAUACAUUUAUUACAGAUCGCCAGAAAACCACCACAUUUCUCCGUUUACUUACUUCAUAUUUCUGAAUAUAAUUCGAAAGAUAUUGUGUGUUCAAUCUGAGCGAGAGAUAAAUAAUGAUGAGAUUGUUCAGGUCACGAGCAUUAUGAACCCAGAGCAUACAGAUAAUGGACAUCCCCUUCAUAAACAAAAAAGUGCCGAAGGAGAGGAACAUGACAUCGAUGCGAAACCCUUAACUUUAGAGAAGGGUAAAAUUUCUAACCUUUCUCCGGAAAGAAAAAAUCUAUUGCAUGGAAAGGACAACGACACCAAUGAAUGGGAACUCUUUGCUUGCGUAAUAAACCGAUUCUUCAUGUUGGUGUACAUAUAUUUAGCUUUCAUAAACUGCAUUGUUUUUGCAUCAAUAACAAUAGCGAAUUACAAAGGAAUGGAAGUUUCAAUGAAUUGAUAUGUACAAGUUAUUCCUUAGCACUAGUUGCACAAGGCAAUUUCAAAUGAAAAAAUUCAAAAUACUGGUACGUUUUUAUUUAGAUUCAUUCAAUGCGACAUAAUACAUUCUUGGGAAGUUUCCAAGAAAUCGCUAUAUAUUAUUUCACAAUAUGGUGUAUCGACUGCCCUGCUACCGAUGAAACAUUCUUUUUUCUAAUCUAAUCUUUUGCCCAUGAAUCGCAAAUGCUCACCCGAGUUUCUUUCCUGUUUAUUCACAUGAAAAAAAGUUGACCUUGUAUUAUGGCACCACGUGGACAUAACUUAUCCGAACUAGAAUAUCAUUAUUCUAACAUGACCUUGCUGUUCUGGAGAAGAUUUUUGAAUGAUGUUCACCUAUAUUCGUAGCCCUGCUACUCUUGAAAAUAAUUCUAUUUUUGAUUUUCUUUAUAGCCCCAUCCUAGCUUCAGGGGGCAUGAAUUGUUCACAAAGAAUCUGGAAUACAUUAUGGCACACUUUCAUAUCAAUGACUAAUCAUGGUCAGCGGUUCGUAAGAAGAUUUUUAAAGAAAACCCUGAAACCCGAAAAAAGCUCACCUGGUUUCAUUUUCAAUCAAAACAAGAGGCCCAUUGGCCACAUCGGUCACUUGAGCCACAUUGGCCCUGCCUUUGUUCAAGGCCAAUACCAAAGUAUAACAAGGUCUUGCUAUAAAGAAUCUCUACGCAAAAUAUGAAAGCCCUACCUUACAGGAUA